AUGGCUCGAUUUUUACCAUCCGUCCAAGUCCUCAUCCUCGUCCUCCUCCUCGCCAUGACAAUGGUCAUCUCCAUAGAGUCACCCUAUUUCCCCUACGAAGUCCAGCUAGGACUCGAUGGUCGAGGUGAAGAUGGAGAUCUUCUUAUGGGAGACAUGAUCGAUCCAUACGAGGAACUUAACAUGGAAUCAGGAUCACUGAGAAGGAGGAGCCUGGCUGGAAGAAGUUACAUAAGCCAUGAUGCACCUAGUAAGAACAAUGUGCCAUGCAAUAGGCGCGGGCAUUCAUAUUAUAAUUGCCAGAGAAGUGGGAGGGCUAAUCCUUAA